AUGAGAAGAGCGAAGAGAGAUUUUUGGGAAAGAAAAGGUGCCGAGCUAGAAGAACAAGCAAAAAAGAACAAUACCAGAGCAGUCUAUCAAACAAUAAAAGAAUUAUCAGAUAACUUCACCGUACAAGAUGACUGUGUAAAACAUUUGGACGGCACACCGGUGAAAGAUGAUGGCGAUUUAAAAGAAAGAUGGAGACAACACUUUGAAGGUCUCCUUAAUGUUGGAAAGGAGCUGGCAGAAGAAACAUUAUUGAAAUUGGAUGUACAACAACAGGAAAGUGACUUAGAAGAACCAUAUCCAACAGAAAGAGAAAUAACUGAUGCAAUUAAAGCAUUGAAAAACAACAAGGCGGCAGGGAUAGAUGGUAUUCAUGCAGAAAUGAUCAAAGCAGGUGGUACAACAUUGGCAAAAUAUCUUUAUCAAAUGUUCGUUGAAAUAUGGAAAGCAGAAAAAGUUCCAGAAGAUUGGGUGAAAGCAGUAGUGGUCCCAUUAUUCAAGAAGGGAGAUAGAAGCAUAUGUGAUAAUUACAGAGGAAUAAGCUUGUUAAGUGUGGUAGGUAAAG